AUGCACGUGCCCGCGUCCGCGGACACGGAGACCCCAGGAGAACCGGGGCGUCGGGGCGUCGGAUACGGACUGCAGGACGGAGGCGUGACGGCGGCUCGGGCGAAGCUCCGGGGAAACUUGGAUGGUGACGCGUCGGGAAUCGCCACCAACGCAGCAGGACACGCGGACCAGGUCUGCAGAGCCCGUCCACGGACAACCCCCAGAUUGUUCCAGGCUCGUGGGACACAGCACAGGCUGCAAACGCAGCCAACACACGGCCGUGGGGUCACUCGGGUCUGCCGGGCCCCGGACAUGCCGGACACACUCCCGUCGACGUCUAGGAGCGACACCUGUUGCCUCGUGGUCCUCACGGCCCCAGGCCCCGUGUGCACCCCGGGGGUCUGGAGCGCACAGGCCUCUCCCGCCAGCUGUGUGCUACUCGCUCUGCGUCUCUCCCCUUGCGGGACGCUCCGUCCGGAAGCCCCAGUGACACGCACCCGACUGUGCACUCCGCCCACCGACGCCGCUUGCCCCCCGUCGGUUUCAAACCUUUGCCAUCCCUCUGCUCUGCUUCUUGAGAACAAGAGGCAGAAGGUUUCUCAGGCAACGGGACGGCCUACGGCGAGGGCAUCCAGCUGCCACCGUGAUGCCUGGCGCAGCGCGCGUCCCCCCUUCCGCAGCGUUUUUACUGGAUGCUUUGUUCCCCAUUUCCUCUUUCGCGUUUCCUGUUUGCUAAAUAUAGACGAAUUCUAGCCGCGCUUUCGCUCUCCCUUGUCAUCGGGAAGCUCUCCUCGAGGCAUCAUGCAGCCGCUGGCCACUGCCCACCGACCUCCUCCC